AUGUCGACGGACAUGACAUUCGCGUUCUCGCAGUUGCCUUUCGAUAUCUUCCACGAUGUUGCAAGUCGGCUCGACCAUUUUUCGUUGGAUAGACUGGCGAAAACGGCCAAGUCUUCACGCCGGCUUCUUCAGACUGAGAAUACUGUGAAGGCUGUGAUGCAGGUGUAUCUGCGAUAUUGUCUCUGGGUGCAGCUCGCGCUAUCGCCGCUUGAACCAGGUCCCGGUCCCAGGCAAACCCUCGCCCGCAUUGUCGACUCUCAGUCUGCGUUGCAACAGGCGUCACCGUACUCAGUCUGCAUUCUGGCAUACACUCCCAAUUUCAUAUACAGCAUGGGGGUUUUAUGCUACACGACUUCGGACUUCACUCUUCGCAUUCUAAAUUUCAAUGAUCGCCGAGACACCGAGCAGGUCUUCGGUCGUGAGUUCUUCACUGGUCAAGUCUGCAUCGCGAAUCGGGAACAGGCCACCAUAGACCUCGAAUCUCUGAAAACGAUGUGGGUCGAGAGUUACGCCGACGGAAUAGUGGUUCUACAGUGUUCGGUUGGUGUCAAUUUUACCCGAUAUAUCCUCGCGGUGGAUAUAAAGAAAACCUCGAAUCCCCCUCGGCCUCGAAUCCGAUUAUGUGUAUCGACCAAGGGGCCAUGUACCAACAAACUUUUCGUUCGGAAUAAUGAACGAUUCAUGGUUUUGGGGACUAACUGGGGGCGUGAAACAAACGAAACAUGGUUCCUAGAAGUCUAUGAUCUCGAGACGUCCCAGCAGGUAAAUGGUGAGCCACUAUUGCUGUCUGAUUGCGGCUCCCGUAUAGGAUCGACAGUGUCUUUUACCAUCUACAAAGACCAAUUCUAUGCCGUCACGAACCAGCUAAGCGGCGAGUGGACGAGCUACUAUGGCAUCAUUACGUUUUCACUACGCCUAGGCGACCCAGAUCCGGAACUCACAAACCACCUCAUCUGGCGAAGAGAACACAUGGACGGACCAAUCGACGACACGUGGACUGAUCUCAGCUUCCAGAUAGACUACUCCACCGGCGAACUCUUGGUGGUCGAGGGAAGAAAAGAAUGGGGGCCCGAGGGCGGUCCACUAAUCAGGACUUAUCACACAACACCCAUACGCCGCGCAGAUUUAGUGCCGUCCAACGAGAUCGACAACAGUCGGCGGGUCCCAGCAGGGAGAUACAUUCAUGCCGAGUUUCGUGACGACGGCGGCGAGAAGGAAGCGACGAAGGAGUAUUCCCGAAAGAAGACAAAAUGGAACGGGUACUCUUUCAACGCGCAAACUUUCGUCGAUUUCAUUACGGAUGACUUCAACGUGAAAGGCGAGUGGCUCCCUCGAGAACGCACCAAGCUACGCGUGGUAAGUAGACAGGAGUCGAGUCCUCUGGUCAAAGAUGCGGUGAAUCCGGAAGAUUGGGUGCUUCGCAAGCCCAAACGGGAUCCGGAAGGCCGGGAGAUGGAGGAUGGCGAGCGAGCCUUCACGGCGAAUACCAUCUCUCUCUGGCCCCCGGAAGAUGCACCUAAGGAUCUACAGGACAUGCUCCACUGCAAAUGUUUCCGUCGUCAAGACGCCAAGGCAGUGGUGGGGGAUGAGGGAAUUUUCUUGAGGGCGGGCGGGCCAGGCCCUCUAAAUUGGUCUCUGGUUUUUAUCUGCUGCGAUCCGACCUUUGGCUUUCAGGGGAUGCGACGGCUCGAUGGGAGUCUUGCCAGACCGAAAUGGGACAUGAAGACGGAGGACGACGGCGAGUUCGACGUCGAACAUCCUCACAACAGAGGCGUGACACGCGAGCCUGCGAUGUACGGCGUGAUCGGUAGGGGAUAUUGGGUGCGCUAG